UCUUUAAGCCGAAAGCACCAAAACAAAUCAAACAUCACAAUGUUCAAAUCCGCUGUUGUCAUCUUCGCCAUCGUUGCCUGUGUCGCCGCCAAGCCAGGACUUCUGGGUGCUCCUCUGGCCUACACUUCUCCAUUGGCCUACUCCUCUCCCCUGGCAUACACUGCUCCUCUGGCAUACUCUGCACCUGUGGUGGCUGCUCCUGCUCCAGUUGUGACCGCAACCAGCAGCCAGGUGAUCGCUAGGAACUACAAUGGAAUCGCUGCUCCAGUGAUUGCUCCAGUGGCUGCUCCUUUGGUUGCCAAGUACGCCGCUGCUCCUCUGGCGGCUCCUUUGGCCUUCUCGUCCCCUCUGGCGUACACCUCCCCCUUGGCUUACUCCGCUCCUUUGAGCUACGCCGCUGCUCCCGCACCUCUCCUCAUCUAA